CAGUUAUGAGAGGCCUACAGCCACUAGGCCACCCAUGGUCCUUGGCUGGCUAUUGCUCCUGGUGAUGGCUCAGCCCCUGGUCACGACAGUAGCCAAGGAGUGCAUCUUUUGUGAUCUGACCAACUCCUCGGACUGCACGGGCAUCCCCAUAACCUGUGGCGAUGAUGAGGAGCGCUUCAUGGGCGAAGGGACAGCCUCUGGCCUCAGCCCUGUCAUCAACAAAGGGUGCAUGGAAACCACUUCCUGUGGCAAUGAGGAGGCUGUCACCUAUCAGGGUGACACCUACAGCCUCACCUCCACCUGCUGCGAUGGUGAACUGUGUAACAGGGCCCCCAUCCCUGCAGGCAGCCUGAAGGUGGGGGCCACCACCUGCCUGGCACUGGGCGUGUUGAUGCUGCUUCAAUGA